ACGCAGAACAGCACACACUUCCUGUGCUCGCUCGAGUCGUUGAUAAACAGCGAGCACAUGCUGAGCACAAUUUUUGUCGUUUUGUCUCAUAACAAAAUGACAAUAACUUUGAUUUAAAUACUAAUUUAGUAGCUUGAUAUUUUGCAGUUGUCAUGCCUCUGCUAUUAUUACACGCUGCACAAUGAAAGACUUCACUACUCCGGGCAUUGAUGGAUUUUGUAACAGAGUUUGCCACAGCCAUGUCAUGUGUGAUUUUGUCUGUGUCAUCAUUGCAUGCUGCUUAUCGGCUAUUCAAGGACCACAGAGCCUCAUCAGUGGGCUUCCUCCUGAUUGGCCUUUCCUCUGUCCUUUCAGUCUUUUCUCCCAGUAACCAAACUAUCAAAUCACUCACGAACGAUCUAGAAUGGGCAGGUGAAUCACUUGGUCCUGUUCUUGUUACUUUUGACUUCUUGUGGCUAAGUGAGGACCACAUCACUGCUAGUAUCCUCCUGAUUGGCUCUACUUUUUUCAUAAUGCUCUCUGAUUGGUUAUCAUCAGAUGGGUUGGUCGUUAUGUCACGCUGCCUGGCAUUUUCCACCCUCUCCUGUUCGCUGACAGUGUGUGCGUUUGCUGAAAAUGCAGCAGGGGCAGUAGGGAGUGUUGCUCUCAGUCUGCCUUUAUUAGUUUCCCCAAGGACCAGAUCUGGGUCUUUGGGUUCCCUAGUGAUGCCUACAGAAGGACUUCUCAGCUGGAUCCUUAAAGUCAUCAUGGCAGUAGGAUGCUGGACCACUGGGAAGGCCCUUAAUAAAUACCUGUUUGAUUUAAAAGGCUGGGACUGACUAAAGCAAUGGUUUCUAAAGACAACGGAGAACCACAAAAUGCUACUUUCGUACUCUAAUUAUUAUCAGUAUAGUGUUACUGUUGCAUAUAAAGGCCUUUUCUGUCUUGAUAAGCUAACAGCAUAUUAUAAUGUACUACAGAAACAGUUUAUAUAUAU